UGGCAGCAGACCAAGCUGGUACAGGACACAGGUCUGCAAAGACGUCAACAGUGGACAGUGGACUUCAACCCCUUUAGAGAGAAAGCAAGAGUGACCCACAGGAGGAGGAUGAAACCAGAGCUUUCAGGCUGUCCAAAGUCAUCAGAGGGAAAGAAGAAAACAUGAGGCGGAAAGCUGGCCAAGAGCUUCCUGAAGACCAUGCAAAUGAGGCCCGCCCACAACUGCCUGGAAACCGCUCGCCAGGAGAAGGCAGAGCCUAGAGGACGCGCUGCAGGACCGCUCAGCCAAGGAGGAAGUGGAGGUGGAGGAGGCUCUGAGGAGCAGGACUCCGCCUGUCGGAGUCCCCAGUGUCUGGUCUGAGGAUGGCGGAGCAGCAGGGCCGGGAGCCCGAGUGCCCUGUCUGCUGGAACCCCUUCAACAACACAUUCCACACCCCCAAAGUGCUGGACUGCUGCCACUCCUUCUGCGUGGAAUGCCUGGCCCACAUCAGCCUGGUGACCCCGACGCGGCGCCGCCUGCUGUGCCCGCUCUGUCGCCACCCCACCGUGCUGGCCUCCGGGCAGCCUGUCACUGACUUGCCCACGGACACCGCCCUGCUCACCCUGCUCCGCCUGGAGCCCCACCACGUCAUCCUGGAAGGCCGCCAGCUCUGUCUCAAGGACCAGCCCAAGAGCCGCUACUUCCUGCGCCAGCCCCGGGUCUACACGCUGGACCUGGGCCCUGAGCCUGGGAGUCAGGCCGGGCACCCCCAGGACGUGGGCCGCAGCACCAGGCCCGACCCCAUCCCCAGCCACUACUCUCUGCGGGAGUGUUUCCGCAACCCGCACUUCCGGAUCUUUGCCUACAUGAUGGCGGUCGUCCUCUGCGGCACCGUGUUGUUCAUCUUCUCCAUCUUCUGCACCAGACGGUUCUUCUGGGGGCUGGGGUGAGCGUCUGUUCCAGACGCCUUUCCUGGCUGCUGCUGGGUAUGGGGACUGCGGAGCGCCGCUUGGGGCUGGUCUUCCUUCGUAGUAUUGUUCCUUUUUACAAUCCAGGGGUUGGCUAGGCUGUGCGUCUGCUUCUAGCAACAGAGUCCUACUAUGAUGAGAACCUCUGAAGGCUAACGGACUGGGGAUGAUGUGAAGAGACCUCUGGGUGUGAACCGGGGGUCAUGGAAGGGCAGAGAAGCAGACCUGUGAUCACAGAGCCAGAAGCAAGUUGUGCCAAAAGGCUGGAUGAGGGUACCCAGGAGCCUGUCCAGCCCAAAUAGCAGGUUGCAUUUCUCACUGGAGCUGCUUUGAACUCAGUUCACAUUUUUUUGUUUGUUUGUUUUUUGAGUUGCUCUUUUUACUAUUUGUUGCUAAAAAAAAAUCUGGGAGUGUGCUUCAAUCGGGAGCAAGUGUGUUUGUCUUCUCCUUUCAGUUUUCUCUUUGGCUAUCUUGCCACCAG